AUGAACGAAAGUCUCGAGAACGACUUCACUCAACUCGAUGAAAACUGGACGCUUUACAACUCCUCCGCGGAGUUCCCGGGAACCUUUCCGAGGACAAACAUCACCUACGUGGGAUUUUACCUGCACCAGCCCUCCACGGCGGCCAUCUUUAUCGUGUCCUACCUGCUGAUCUUCCUGGUGUGCAUGGUGGGAAACGGGGUGGUGUGCUUCAUCGUGCUGCGCAGCAAAAACAUGUGGACCGUCACCAACCUGUUCAUCCUCAAUCUGGCCGUCAGCGACCUCCUGGUGGGGAUUUUCUGUAUGCCCACCACUCUCCUGGACAACAUCAUUACAGGAAUGAUUGAUGUCUAG